GGAGUUCAGUAUUAUGCUGAGGCCAUAGGCCUGACUUGGUGUUGCUCUCCAUGCUCUCAUUCGUGCGCCAUGCGCUGCGAGCGCAGGCCAGACGCAGGUCGGCGACGGCAUGCAUGUCUACAUCUACAGGCCCUGGUUCUACGACUUACCACGCCGCAAUCCAAGAACUCUCAGGCAGGGGCACAACACCUCCGAAUCCUGCCGCUCCUUCCACUCCACAAUCCUACGUGGAUGAAGCGAACACGACUACCCCUGCCUCUAGCGGCUCUGUCACGUCUAACCCACUGCAUCUCGCCCGGAAGGCGAAGGAGCGCGGCGAGGGGAUCGCACUGCUCGCGGACAAGUACAACCUGCACGUCUUCUCCUCACGCAAUAACACGCGCGCGACGUUCACGCGCGGGGACGGCAAGAUCAUUCGCUGGGCCACGGGCGGGUCAUGCGGGUUCAAGGGUGUGAACCGCUCGAGCUACGAGGCGGGUUACCAGGUCGCCGUGCGGAUGUUCAAGGCGAUCGCGGAGGAGCGGGAGGCGCUGGAGGGUAUACGGGGGAUGCAGAUUGAGCUGAUAUUCAAGGGGUUCGGGCAGGGAAGGGACGCGAUGUCGAAGGCGCUGUUGACUGCGGAGGGGACGCCGGCGAGGGAGGUUAUUGGGAGGAUAACGGACAGGACGCCGAUCAAGAUUGGGGGAACGAGGGCCAAGAAGAUGAGACGGUUAUAACCUCCUUCCCGUGUGUUCGCUGGUCUGGGGUUUACCCCCAGCAAGCGCGUGCAGGAACGCGUCGCGCGCGCAACAUGGACAAGCACUCGUACUCUGCCGCAGAACGCCCCGUCCUGGGCCCGUCAUGGCGCUAUAGACCAGGGAUGGUCCGUGUCGAAUGCGGGAAACCCUUUCGGUGUCCAAAAGAUGGAAAACACCGCGUCCCACACCGCUACCCCAUUGUAUCUUCGUGCUCACAUGCCUUGUAGCAUAUCACCCAAUAAUAUUGAUUGCUUUGGAGAAUAGCAUUGCAC